UAGUCAGGAAAGAAAUUACAAGACAGAUCAGGAACAGCUUAGACUCUCCACCAGGGUAGAGAGACUCGAAAAACACCGUCUACAGUUCCGAUUCGAUGCCGUCCCGCAGGCGUACCCUCCUCAAGGUCAUCAUCCUCGGCGAUAGCGGGGUGGGGAAAACCUCUUUGAUGAAUCAAUAUGUUAAUAAAAAGUUCAGCAACCAGUACAAGGCCACCAUUGGAGCUGACUUUUUGACUAAGGAAGUCCAGUUUGAAGAUCGACUUUUCACUUUACAGAUCUGGGAUACAGCUGGACAGGAAAGGUUUCAGAGCCUUGGUGUAGCUUUCUACAGGGGUGCUGAUUGCUGCGUUCUUGUAUAUGAUGUCAACUCCAUGAAAUCUUUUGAAAAUCUCAAUAACUGGAGAGAAGAGUUUCUGAUCCAGGCGAGUCCAUCGGAUCCAGAGAACUUUCCAUUUGUUCUUAUCGGAAACAAGGUGGACGUGGAUGGUGGAAACAGCAGAGUGGUUUCAGAGAAGAAGGCUAAAGCUUGGUGUGCGUCAAAGGGAAACAUUCCCUACUUUGAAACCUCUGCUAAGGAAGGCACCAAUGUUGAGGAAGCUUUCCAAUGCAUUGCCAAGAACGCUCUGAAGAGCGGGGAAGAGGAAGAGCUAUACUUGCCGGACACAAUCGAUGUCGGGACAAGCAAUCAGCAGAGGUCUACAGGGUGUGAAUGCUAAGGAGAGUAUCUCUCCCAGAAGAAUGCUUUUGAGUUCAAACAAGGGGGGGAACGUGUCUCUCCUCCUAUCACCUCUCUUCUUCGCCAGUUAUCUCUAAACUUUUAUUAUAUUACAUCGCUGUAAAUUUGUUCUUCUGUGGGCUAAGAGAAUCCUUCAAAAUGAUUUGACUUGUCUAGCAAGUAUUUGUGUUUUAAUUAUAUUAUAAAAACAUAUUUCCUCCAA